UCUAAAUUUUAGGAAGCUGACUUUUCUUCAUCGUCCAGGUUCAAUGUAACGCACUGUGAAAUAUAUUCCCCAAAGCUAUCAUUUUUUAUGCUUUACUAAAUUCGCCACCAUUCUCUACCGCCGUCUGUUCCGCCUCUGAGAAGAAUGGCUUCUGAUGGAUUCCGGCCCCUGGACGAAAAAUCGGUGGCGGAGUACAUAAAAUCGACUCCGUCUCUGACUUCAAUACUAGUGGGAAAUGAACCACAUCAGCUCGAUAAACUGGAAAUUAGAGAAGUGGGUGAUGGAAAUCUCAACUUUGUUUACGUUGUUAUUGGUUCUUCUGGUUCUCUUGUCAUCAAACAGGCCAUCCCAUAUGUAAGAUGUAUUGGCGAGUCCUGGCCAAUGUCAAAGGAACGUGCUUAUUUUGAGGUGACAACUUUAAAAGAGCAUGGACGCUUAUGCCCUGAACAUACUCCUGAAGUUUACCAUUUUGACCGAACCAUGUGUUUAAUUGGCAUGCGCUACAUUGAACCGCCUCAUAUAAUCUUAAGGAAAGGACUGAUUGCAGGGAUUGAGUAUCCAUUGCUUGCUGAGCAUAUAUCACACUACAUGUCUAAGACACUUUUUUUCACUUCCUUGAUUUAUCUUACGACUACCGACCACAAGCGUGCAGUUGCAGAGUUUUGUGGAAAUGUGGAAAUGUGUAGACUCACAGAACAGGUGAUCUUCUCUGAUCCAUACAAAGUUUCCCAAUAUAACCGCUGGACAACUCCUUAUCUUGAUGCUGAUGCAGAGGCAGUGCGAAAUGAUAACAAUUUGAAGCUUGAAAUUGCAGAGCUAAAGUCAAAGUUUUGUGAAAGAACACAAGCUCUUAUACACGGCGAUUUCCAUACAGGUUCUGUCAUGGUCACUCCCGAGUCAACUCAAGUCAUUGAUCCUGAAUUUUCAUUUUAUGCCCCAAUGGGGUUUGAUAUUGGAGCAUUUAUUGGGAACCUAGUUUUGGCUUACUAUGCUCAAGAUGGGCAUGCAAAUCAGGGUAAUGACCGCCAGUUAUAUAAAGAAUGGAUUUUGAAGACAAUAGCAGAUACUUGGAGCCUCUUCCACAAAAAGUUCAUUGCUUUAUGGGAUGAACAGAAGGAUGGGCCUGGUGAGGCAUAUCUUUCUGAUAUAUAUAACAAUUCUGAGGUUCAGAAUCUGGUAAGAGAGAAGUAUAUGAAAGAUGUAUUUCAUGACACCCUUGGAUUCGGCGCUGCCAAGAUGAUAAGGAGAAUUGUUGGCGUAGCUCAUGUUGAGGAUUUUGAAUCAAUCUCGGAUAUUGGGAAACGAGCUAAAUGUGAAAGGCAAGCUCUGGAAUUCGCAAAAUUGCUUUUGAAAGAACGACGCAAUUUCCAGAGCAUUGAAGCAGUUGUUUCCACCAUUAAACAUCAUAACACUUGGUGAAGUUAAGAUAAAGCAGCUGUUGCUCUGUGACACCUAUGACUUCUCCCGUUUGAGCGACUUUAAACACAAAAUAACAGCAGUGAUCGUUGAUUAGCCAUGCAUCGUUUUGAAAAAUUUGAAUUUCCUAUUCUCUUUUGCAUGCAUAAAUAUUGUAACAGUCUCACCUUUGUACAAAUUGUACUACAAUUUACAUUGUGCCAAUAUAU